CCUCCUCCUUGACAUUGCAGCAAAUGCAACAACGGCGAGUUGCAAUGUGAGGAGGACGAUUGCAUGAUUGACGUGACCCUCAUGGACCACAUCAACGGUCGUCCUCGAGAUUACGGUUGGAGGGCCAAUAAUUACUCGGAAUAUUGGGGCAGAAAGAAGAGGGAUGGCUUCCUUUACCGCACUGGCACUCUCAACCCCGAGGCACUGUCCCUGCAGAUGUACCCGAUCAUCCUGCGGCCCGACUCGUCCCGCAUCCCGAGUGAGUUCGACGCCCGACAGAAGCCCGAGUGGAUCGGUCGGGUCAGCGACGUCGGAGACCAAGGCUGGUGCGGUGCCUCGUGGGCCUUCUCGACGCUGGGGGUGGCGCAGGACAGGCUUUCCAUCGAGUCCUUUGGCAACGAGACGGUGAGACUCUCCCCUCAGCACCUCCUGAGCUGCAGCAGGCGAGGCCAGAGGGGCUGUGAGGGCGGCCACGUCGACAGGGCUUGGCAGUACCUACGCAAGGUUGGUGUUGUGAACGAGGAAUGUUACGGUUAUGAAAGUGGCACUACUGGGAAGGUGCCAAGCUGCCGUAUUCCUAUCAGGGCCAACCUCUUCAGCCUUAGAUGUGCAUCAAAGGAGGUUGUGUACCAGAGGCGAGACUUGUACAAGACAGAACCUCCUUACCGCAUCGCUGGCAAGGAGGAAGACAUCCAGUGGGAGAUCAUGACCAACGGACCCGUGCAAGCCAUCAUGAGAGUGUACAAAGACCUGUUCAUGUACGCCGGCGGUGUGUACCGGCACACAGGAUCUCCACAGGAUGACUAUGCUAUGCACUCCGUCAGGAUCGUUGGCUGGGGUCAUGAUAGCUCAUUAGGAGGAAGGCCUUCUAAGUACUGGCUGGUGGCCAACUCGUGGGGCAAGCGGUGGGGCGAGCGAGGCUUCUUCCGCAUCCGGCGAGGCACCAACGAGUCUGAGAUCGAGUCGUUCAUCCUGACCGUCCGCGCACGACUCGCCGCCUACGACAGGAAGGCCAGGCGUCGAAGGCCCGGUCGCCACGCCCACUCUGGCCACGCCCACUCUAACCACGCCCACCUUCACCCGGACGCUCAUCUUCAGUUGGAUAGGAGUGGGUGGCUUAUCUAAGAGUGAGAUUUUUUUUUUUUUUUUAAGAGAGGGGGGGGUAUUUCCUGAGUUCUUUUUUUUUCUUCUUUUUAUCUUUCUUUUUUAAGUGGAUAACAGGUCGCAAUAUGAGAUAUUGUAACAAAAAAAAUCCUAUUUGUUUCUCUUAUAUAUUUGACAAAAAAUCCGAAAACCCUUAGGUUUUUUUUUUUUUUUUUUUUUUUUUUUUUUUUUUGGUGAAGGGCUUUCAAGUGAGUCAACUAAAAAUCACUCUCGAAUCUGUCUCACUUCAGUCUUUAGUAAGUCAACUCCCUUCAGUCUUAAGUCAUCUCACUUUCGUCUUACGCAAGUCAUUUCAAUUCAAUCCUAAGUAAGUCAACUCGCUUCAGUUAUAAGUAAAUCAAAUCUCUUCAGUCUUAAGUCAACUCACUUAAGUUUUAAGUAAAUCGACUCACUUUUGGUCUUAAGUCAGUCAGGCUUGAGUCAGCCCUGAGUCGGUCUUGAGAAGAAGUGAAUCGGUCUUGAGUUGGUCUCGAUUCAGUCUUGACUUGCGUGCGUUCUGAAUCAGUUUCAAAAAUUCAGUCUUUGAGUCAUUCAAUCUUUUGGAUUUUUGUCCGGCACAUUUUUCCCACGCUUUUUUAGAAUCGAAUCAUCGUCCUUUACAAUCGUAAUUAUGAGAAUAUGCCUUUAUUUAGAGUCAGAUGAACAUUUUUAAAGAGAAUUGAUGCUUCUAUCGAGGUCUUUUUCUCGAUGUGCGAGAGUAGAGGCCAAUGUUUGUGUAGAUAGUUUCAUAUAUACAAAACACUGCCAGUUGUGGAAGCUUUAAUUUUAAAUAAUGCCUUUUUGUGGGCGGUGAGAGUGUUUUAGAUAGAUAAGUAGAAUAUAUAUGUAUAAAUAUACAUAUAUUUACAGUGUGUCUGUGUGUGUGUGCGU